GGCCCCAUAUACCGGAGGUGGCGGGUUCAAACCCGGCCCAGGGCCAAAAACAAAAACAAACGAACUAAAAGAACUCAGUGAGCAAAGGUUUGCAAGGUGGGACACACAAGGGCCUGACAGAAAGCGAGUGUUCUGUAAAUAUCACCUAUCACUAUUAAGUUCUGAUUGGAAAUUCCCUAGAUAUGUUCGUUUUCGCGAUCAAAACUUGGCUUGAUCCUAGCAGCACUCUGGGACGCCAAAACUGGAGGAUCGCUUAAGCUCAGGAGUUCGAAAGCAGCCUGCACAAAGCGAGACCCUGUCUCUACUAAAAACAGAAAAACCAGGCAGGCAUGGUGGUGGGUGCCUGUAGUCCCAGCUACUCGGGAGAUUGAGGAAGGAGGAUCUGAGCCCAGGAGUUUGAGGAUGCAGUGAGCUAGGCUCUUGCCACCGAACUCUAACCUGAGCAAGAGCGAGACCCUGUCUCCUGAGGCUGGGCCGGGAUGUCUUGGGGAAGAGGCAUCGCCGGGCCCACAGCGCCCUGGUGGCUGCUCAGCGCUCAGCGGGGCUGGGCUGAUUAAUACUCUACAACAGGUACAACCGGUUGGGGUGAAAAUCACUCGCCCUCGCCCUACUCGGACUAGCCACGCCUUGCCCCCCGCAUGCUUGAACAUCAUCUUCCCACCUCGCCGCGUCGGGACUCAGGGGUUUUAAAUUCUAGCCUGAUAUCCCUCAGGUCCCCAACCACGGGGUCCCAAGAAUCCUGCUGCUAAAUCCCUGCUCCUUCAGACACCCAUCUAUUAACCCCUAUUCCUAGGGGACCCUAGGGGCUCUGGUCGUUGUGUGCCUUCAAUCUCAGCGACAGAUCGAUUGCGCUACCUUCCUGACCUUUUCCUCCUAGAAAGCUAUCCCAGGCCACCACCAAAAACCUUCAGCCCUGACUCAGGAGUGCCGAAUGCCAAGUCCCACCUCCUGUAGGUCAGGAUAUGCAAAUUCCGAGCUCUUCUCCUCCCACUUCCCAACACAAUUCCCAGGACUCGCCCACCCCUCUGUUCCUCCUUGAAGGGACCUAGACAUCCUAUCUACAAUUCCCACUCCAUCAGGUCCCCUCCUAUCCCCACUCACAAAAACCACCUCUUUUUUUAGGAAUCUGACCAAAGCCCCACCUCCAGAGGUCUCAGGUGCGAGAUCCCCCAACCCCGCCCCUUUAGGAAACGUAGAUACCUGUAGUCCCCGCCCGGGUUCUCCAGAGCCCGUCCCUCCUUCCUCCCGAGGCCUCUACGCGCCUUACUCAGCGGUAUCCGUCUCCCCCAAGACACCUGAGGGACCCAUGGCUGCAGCCGCGGCCCGGCAGGGGCGACAGUGGGAAGAGCCCCGCGCCCUGGGGCGGGCGGUAAGGCUGCUGCAGCGCCUGCAAGAGCAAUGCGGGGACCCCAGGCUGGCCAUGAGUCCCCCGUCGCUGCGGGACCUACUGCCCCGCACAGCGCAGCUACUGCGAGAGGUGGCCCACACCCGGCGGACGGGCGACAGAGGCGACCCCGAGGGACCCGGGGGAUCUGGCGACUUUCUUGUAGUCUAUCUCGCCAACCUGGAAGCCAAGAGCCGGCAGGUGGCGGCUCUGUUGCCACCCCGGGGCCGGAAGGGUGCCAACGACGAGCUCUUUCGGGAGGGUUCCAGACUCCGGCGACAGCUGGCCAAGCUGGCCCUCAUCUUCAGUCACAUGCAUUCAGAGCUGUGUGCGCUCUUCCCCGAGGGAAAGUACUGUGGACACAUGUACCAGGUCACCAAGGCCCCAGCCCACACCUUCUGGAGGGAGCACUGUGGAGCCCGGUGCAUGCUACCCUGGGCCGAAUUUGAGUCACUCCUUUGCACCUGCCACCCAGUUGAACCAGGUCCCACAGCCCUGGCCUUGCGCUCUACAAUUGACCUCACCUGCAGUGGUCACGUGUCCAUCUUUGAGUUUGACAUCUUCACCAGGCUCUUCCAGCCAUGGCCAACACUCCUCAAGAACUGGCAGCUCCUGGCGGUCAACCACCCAGGCUACAUGGCCUUCCUCACAUAUGAUGAGGUCCAAGCGCGCCUGCAGGCCUGUAAGGACAAGCCCGGCAGCUACAUCUUCCGGCCCAGCUGUACUCGACUGGGACAGUGGGCUAUUGGUUACGUGAGCUCAGAUGGCAGCAUCCUGCAGACCAUCCCUCUCAACAGACCCCUAUACCGGGCACUCCUGGAAGGACAAAACGAUGGCCUCUACCUCUAUCCAGAUGGGAAGAACCACAACCCAGACCUGACCGAGCUCUGCAAGGUAGAACCACAUCAGCGCAUCCACGUAUCUGAGGAGCAGCUGCAACUCUACUGGGCCAUGGACUCCACGUUUGAGCUCUGUAAGAUCUGCGCAGAGAGCAGCAAGGAUGUGCGCAUAGAGCCGUGUGGCCACCUGCUCUGUAGCCACUGCCUGGCUGCCUGGCAGGCCCAGAGGAUAUGCUGGAGAGUGGGGGCUUCACUGACCCUUCCCCCCCAGCAUUCAGACAGCCAGACCUGCCCCUUCUGCCGCUGCAAGAUCAAGGGCCGUGAAGCCGUGAGUAUCUACCAAUUCCAAGGGAAGCCAGCAGAAGCCCCGGCCCCUGCUGAGGAUGCAGGGUUCUUUGGUGACAAGGAAGACGAGGAGUUGGAGCCAGGGCAGACAAUUCCCUCGGCUCCUCCACUGCCCCCUCCUCCACUGCCCCCUCGGCCAGAUCUGCCCCCCAGGAGACCCAGAAAUGAACGCCAGCUGAAGGUGGAACCUCCGGCCCUCCCCAGACUUCGGGCACCCCUUCCCUUGCCAAGAAUUAGGACUGAGGCCUCAGCCAUGUGGGAUGUCACCUCCAGUCCCCAAGCCAGGAAGGAGGCCACGGAGACCUCCUAAAGGGAAACCCUCUUCCAGCUGCCUUGUGGGCCACCCCUCCCCACUGGCUCCCCAGGCCUGGAGGCCAGGGCACCCAGAUGUGCUGCUAAAGGGAAUCCCAGGGGCUGGAAAGGGUUUGCCAAAUGAAAAUAAAGUACCAAACCGGCCUUAUCCUUCAGUCUGUGAAGGAAGAACACACCAGCCACCAGGGGACAGCAUGGCACUGGGAAAGGGAUGUUCCCCAGGCUAGGUCUCCACCUGAUCAGACCAGGAGUCCAGGCCCCAGCCCUUCUUGCUCCCUCAGACCCAGGGGUCCAGCCCCAGCUCUUCCUCCCUCAGACCCAGAGGUCUAGACCCCCAGCUCCUCCUCCCUCAGACCUUCAAAUAAAAACAGA